UCCGGGACCGACUUAGCCCUCCUCUCUGCUAGCCGUUGAACCGUUGUCAAGGCAACCGACGCCCGCUAACCCAAACGCUGUAGCUAAAUAGACGUUAGAAAAGUUUAAGAAGUUUUUAUCGACGUUAAAAACAAAAUGGUACACGAGGAUUUGCGAGUGGAGUGGAUCCGACAGAAGGUCACAGCCGGGUUUGUUUUAGCAAAGCUUCCCGAAUGUUUCGAUGAACUUCUCAGUCGAGAAGAUGGCGAAGAAGAAGAGAAAAUUAUCCGCUUUCUGAACUUUGUGUCCGAUGAGGACUCGUCGUCAUGUCUUCUGUUUUUUAAAAUAAUUAGAGAGGAAGAAGUCGAAGUUCCUCACAAGGAAAAAUCUGGAGACUCCUCAGAUCCUGACCAGACGUUCUCAUGUGAAGCGAAGUCAGACAUGAUGUCGGACUCAGAGGAGACAAAUGAGGAAAAACAAUCAACUGAAGUAGAAGUUGUCUAUCACACUGAGCUUCAUGUAGCUGUAAACCAGCACCCAGAGCAGUUUCUGAAAUCUAAGGUCUUCUACUUUCUCCGGAAUACAAAGGACACUAUUGUUCAUCCGACGGACUUGAAAGAGGCCAACAUCCUAAUGCCAAGGCUGUUUGAUAUCGGCUUGCAUAUGGGAGACGCCCUACAGGUGCUGCGGAGGAAACUUGUAAAUAUGUAUAUACCUCAGCUCACUGCACACCAGAUGUCAAAUACUGGAGCAGGUGGUCAGCACAAGGAGGUUUCUUCUCAGGAGAUCUGCAAAGAUGGCGGAGAGGAGACUUCAGUGAAAUUCCUGCUUCGUGAUGAACUGCUCAACAGGACACACAAGUUCUUGGCAGUGGUCAGUGCAACUGUGGUGCGCCUUCAGAUAGAAGAUGAGAUUAUACUCCAGAUCCCUGAUGUUGACCUGGAGCCAGAGGUGGAUGUGCUGCUUAAUAAUCCAGAGACUUUAGAGGCAUUGGAGCAGUGCGUGAUGAACUGGCAGACUCAGAUUACCAUUGUAAUGGAGGAACAGCAGAACAAAAAAACACUGGGACCGGGGCCCAUGGCGGAGAUAGAGCUAUGGCAGGAGCGCGCUUCUGUCCUCAAUGCUCUGAGUGAGCAGCUUAAACAGCCUGCAGCAGAGAAGAUCUUCCUGGUGAUGAACAAAGCCAAGGCAGCCUGCAUUCACACCCUCAAUGGAACAAUGGCUGAGCUAAUUAAAUACCAUACAGAGUCACAUGAUAACAUACGCUUCCUUAGAGUCCUGGAGAGACACUUUAUGAAUUUGGCUGCUGGACCUAACUUUGCUAUGAUCCUGGAGACCAUCCCUCAUCUGAUGGACAGCUUGCAGAUUGUGUGGAUAAUCUCUCAUCACUAUAACUCAAAUGAAAGAAUGGUCCCUCUAAUGGAGCGUAUUGCCUGGCAGCUGUGUGAGCGUGUGGCUCAAGGAGUUGAUGUCCAUUCAAUAUUCAAAGAAAAUAGGGAAGAGGGCAGGUCCAAGGUACUGGAGGCAAAGCAGGUUCUGGAGGGAUGGAGGUUGUCAUAUUUUGAGAGGCGAGCAGAAAUUGAGAAGUUGGGCCGAGCCCCUCGCUGGGAAUUUGAUCGUAAAAGACUGUUUGAGAAGUCUGAUUACAUGGCCUCAGUCUGCCAGGACCUGGGCCGGGUUUUUCAGGUGUUGGAGGAGUUCCACAACAUCUUUGGGCCAGAACUGAAAGGAGACAAACGAGUUAACGAGGUGCUGAAGAAAGUGGAUGACCUAGUUUUGCCCUUUCAGGAGGUCACCUUUAACCCUUUCAGUGUAUCAAUGAAAACCAGCUGGAAAAUCAUUCUACAAGAAUUUGAAAACACCAGUAAGGCUAUCGACAAAGAAGUCAUCGACUUUGUUGAUUUGACUUUUCACACCCUGCACUCCUCAGCCGCUGCCUUUGAGAUGCUGCAGAAAUUCCAGAAAAUCCGCACCAGGAAGGCCAUCAACAACCAUCUGAUGAGUAAAUGUAAUGAUAUCCUGACCCAGUACUGCAGAGAGGUGGAUAGCAUAAGUGAUAUCUUUGAAGCAGAGAAGGACCAGCCUCAGCUGACUAAAAACGAGCCUCCUGUUGCUGGAGCUAUAAGAUGGGCUCGAACUCUUGUCCACCACAUCAAACAAACCAUCCUUCCCUUACUGAAAGUACCAGAGAUGCUCAGCAGAGAACAGACCUCAAUGGCCAAAGACAAGUACGUGAAAAUGGCAAUGCGUCUCAAAGACUAUGAGGUGAAGAAGUACGAGUGUUGGCUGCAAGACACAGAGAGCAAAUUAUCAACACUAAUGAAGAAAAAAGUGUUGAUUAGUAAAGAAACCAGAGAGAUGGACUUGAAAACAACUGAAACAAGCCAGAAUAUGAACAUCCAAUACAUUGUUAACUUUGCUCCAGAACUCAAGGAAACAAUUUGUGAAACAAACUACCUCGUAUCUCUGGGCUUCUUUGUGCCUCAGCUGGAUCAAAACGUGGCUCUUCAAGAGCACAAUCUCAUCAGGUAUGUGGACGAGCUGAACAAGCUGGUCAGCCGGUACCAGUCUGUGAUGGACAGCCUGAGCGAGGCUCAUCUUGUUAUGCUGUCACCACAAAUACAGGAUAUCAGAAAAGAGAUGGAGUAUGGAUGCAAAAGACUCAACUGGAAUUCUUUGGGGAUACCUGACUUCAUCAGCCGAGGUUUGCAGACCGUCUCUAAAUUUGAAUCUCUGGUCAGGCAGAUUUUCAACAAUGAGAGGGAUAUGGAAUCCAAGUUACAUUUGAUAAUGAUUGCCAACUUAAUCAAAUGUCCAGUACCAGACACAUCAAGUGACGUACCAGGCCUCAAGCAGUUCUGCAGACGCAUUGAGGACGAGCGUGUGAAGACAUUGGAUUUACUUGUUAGUAAAUACACUGACAUUGGUCUCCUCAUCACUAAGACAGAACAUUUGAUCCUGGAAACCAGCAGUGGAAAAGCCAAAUGCAUGGCAGCUUACUGCAUGCACUGGGAGCGCAAAGUGUUUGACUCCCUAAAAAAGAUGGUGCUGAGGAGUGUUAAAGAGUUGGACGUGGUGCUGAUGGGACGAACACCUCUGUUCCAAAUUGAUGCCAUCCUGUCGGUCCCAGAGAUUGUGUUCCAGCCCCACAGUAAUGAGAUCUACUGGCUGUUCAUGCAGUCCAUCAGAGAAUGUAUAGAGAGCACUAAACGGUUUCCACGCUGGAUGCAUGGGACCUGCAUCGAAUGCCCGCCACAGCAAGUGGAAGGUGAGGAUGAGUUGGUAACCAUUUCCUUCCUUAGUGAGAUCUGGGUGGACCCUGGGAUAAUUGAGAGUGCUAAGACAGUUUCUGAAAACAUCAAGCAGCUGCUUCUCUCUGUGGAUCAGUACCUAAACCACUGGAAACACUAUCGACCCCUUUGGGAAAAGAACAAAACCAUUUUUAAUGAAGCGUUUGCAGCGAAGAAGCCUUCCUGUGCUAUGUACGAUGAUAAGCUACAGUUCCUUACUGACAUAAAACAGAAGGUGAUGCAGGAACCUCGGUGCAGCACCAAGAACAGCAUCUUUCUGAACCUGGAACCACUGGUGAACGCAAUGCAGGAACUUGCUGAGUCCUGGAUCUGGUCACUUAGUAGCUUCCUAAACAAGUCUGCUAAAGAGGAUCUCUUCAACUUGAGGGAUGAACUUAUGCAACUCACUAAGAAGCUGAAGAGAAGCCCUGACACAUUUGAAGACCUGAAGGUUGUGUUGUCCACCAUUUCAGACAUCAGUGGCAUGUCUUUAGAUGUGGAAAUCAGAUUCACUGAUAUCCAGGAAAGAUACAGAACUCUGGCCAUGCACAGCGUGAAGGUUGGUGAUGAUGAAAAGGAGCUAGUGGCCAAUAUUGAAAACAUGUGGAAGGAUCUGUUUGCUGAAUCUAGAGAAGUGGAUCAAAGUCUAACAGAUGUCAAAAAGUUAUUUACUGAGAUUAUAAAGAAGAGGAUUGAAGAUUUUAAACAAGAAUUGGUUGUUUUUGCUGAAAGCUUCACCAUGCAUGGUCCUGGAGCUGUGGGAGAUCAUUUGGACGAAGGACUAAAGAUAAUGGCUAAGUAUGAGGCGGACCUCGCCAAAAUAGAGGCAGAACGGCAGGAACUCACCAGUGCUGAAAAGCUGUUAGAACUACCAGUCAGCGUGUUCCCAGAGGCCAGCAGGAUUCAGAGUGACAUGAAGGGAUUAAGACAGAUAUAUGACAUCUACAAAGCCCAGAAGAAUGCAAAAUCAAAGUGGUCUCAGACGUUGUGGGUCGAUUUGGACCUCCAGGUGCUACAGGACGGCAUCGACGAUUUCCUCAAAAGAUUUAGAAAGUUGCCCAAAGAUGUGCGGUCGUUACCUGUGGCGUUCUUCCUAGAAGGAUGCCUGAAGGAGUUCAGAGAAUCUCUGCCACUUCUGCUGGACCUGAAGAACGAGGCCCUUAGAGACAGGCACUGGAAGGAGUUAAUGGACAGGACCGGCACAAGCUUUGAGAUGAACUCUGAGAACUUCACGCUGGAGAACAUGUUUGCUAUGGAGCUCCACAAAUAUGCAAAUGUCAUAGGUGACAUCGUCACCUCUGCUGUAAAAGAGCUGAGUAUUGAGAAGGGAGUGACAGCAGUGGCAGAGACCUGGGACAACAUGAGGUUUAGUGUGCAGACGUAUUUCAAAGGCACCCAGGAGCACGGUGUUAUUCUAGGUGCUGUAGAUGAGAUCCUGCUAAAUGUGGACAGUGAUGUCAUGAACCUGCAGAGCAUGGCUGGCAGCCGUUUUGUUGGACCUUUCCUUGACACUAUACAACGAUGGGAAAAAGAUCUGUCUCUCAUAAGUGAGACAAUAGAGGUAUGGCUGGUAGUACAGCGAAAGUGGAUGUACCUGGAGAACAUAUUCAUUGGUGGGGACAUUUGCCUUCAGCUACCUGAAGAAGCUAAGAAGUUCGAAAAUAUUGACAAGAAGUUUAAAGAAAUAAUGCACGACACAGUCAAGGGUCCAAAAAUUAAGCAAUGCUGCUUAGCUCCUAGUCGACUAACAGACCUACAGACCUUGAGUGAUGGUCUGGAGAGGUGCCAGAAGAGCCUUAAUGACUACCUGGACCCCAAGCGAAACGCAUUUCCACGUUUCUUCCUUAUCUCUGAUGAUGAACUGCUCAGUAUUCUUGGAAGUAGCGACCCUGCUUGUGUGCAGGAACACAUGAUCAAGAUGUACGACAACAUAGUUUCACUAAGAUUUGACGUGGAAAGCGGUGGGGAGACAGUAGUCGCUGCCAUGGUGUCUGCUGAGGGGGAGGUGAUGGAGUUUAGGAGCCCCGUCCCAGUGGUGGGGAGAGUGGAAGAGUGGAUGAUGGCAGUACUUGAAGAGAUGCGGAGGACUAACCGGCUCAUCACCAAGGAGGCAAUCUUCCACUAUUGUGAGGACAGGAGUAGGGUGGAGUGGAUGCUUCUGUAUCAGGGCAUGGUGGUGCUAGCUGCAAAUCAAGUGUGGUGGACAUGGGAGGUCCAAGAUGUUUUUAAAAAGCUGAAGAAAGGAGAAAAGCAUGCUCUGAAGAACUAUGCUGAAAAGAUGCACCGGCAGAUCAAUGAACUGGUUACACGCAUCACUCAGCCUCUGAGGAGAAAUGACAGACGGAAGAUCAACACUGUGCUCAUCAUUGAUGUCCAUGCCAGAGACAUUGUGGACAGUUUUGUGGAGAACAGUAUAAUGGAUCCAGAAGCAUUUGAGUGGGAAAGCCAGCUCAGGUUCUACUGGCUCCGGAAACACGACGAUCUGUUUGUGCAUCAGUGCAGCGCCUCGUUCUCCUACGGCUAUGAGUACAUGGGGCUGAACGGUCGACUGGUUAUAACCCCACUAACAGACAGGAUCUACUUGACCCUUACACAGGCCCUCUCUAUGUACUUGGGUGGAGCUCCUGCUGGACCGGCUGGUACAGGAAAAACAGAGUCCACCAAAGAUCUGGCUAAGGCUUUAGGCCUGCUUUGUGUGGUUACAAACUGUGGUGAGGGCAUGGACUACAUGGCUGUUGGGAAGAUCUUCUCCGGCCUUGCCCAGUGUGGCGCUUGGGGCUGCUUUGAUGAGUUCAAUCGUAUCGACGCCUCUGUGCUGUCCGUUAUUUCUUCUCAAAUGCAGACCAUACGCAAUGCCCUCAUUUUACACUGUAAAAGAUUUCAGUUUGAGGGCCAGGAGAUCAGCCUGGAUGACCGCAUGGGCAUCUUCAUCACUAUGAACCCUGGUUACGCCGGGCGUACAGAGCUCCCAGAAUCAGUCAAAGCCCUCUUCAGGCCUGUGGUGGUGAUCGUACCUGAUCUACAACAGAUUUGUGAGAUAAUGCUCUUCUCUGAGGGAUUCCUCAUGGCCAAGGUUCUUGCAAAGAAGAUGACGGUGCUCUAUAAGCUAGCUCGUGAGCAACUAUCCAAGCAGUCUCACUACGAUUUUGGCCUCCGUGCUCUGAAGUCUGUGCUGAUGAUGGCAGGAGAGUUAAAGAGAGGCUCACCAGAACUGGAGGAGGACGUGGUGUUGAUGCGUGCUCUCAGAGACAUGAACCUGCCAAAGUUUGUUUUUGACGAUGUCCCUUUGUUCCUUGGACUAAUCUCGGACCUUUUCCCCGGACUUGACUGCCCUCGUGUUCGCUAUCCUAACUUCAAUGAUGCUGUGGAGCAGAUCCUGGAAGACAACAAAUAUGUUAUCGUGCCUAACCAGGUGGAUAAAGUGGUGCAGAUGUAUGAGACGAUGAUGACCCGGCACACUACUAUGGUUGUGGGCCCAACUGGUGGUGGGAAAUCUGUUGUGAUCAGCACACUGUGUCAAGCUCAGACCAAAACGGGGCUGCAAACUAAGCUGUAUCCGCUGAACCCUAAAGCCAUGAGUGUCACUGAACUUUAUGGAGUUCUUGACCCGGACACUCGGGACUGGACUGAUGGGAUUUUAUCCAACAUCUUCCGUGAUAUCAACAAGCCUACAGACAAAAAGGAGCGAAGGUACAUCCUGUUUGAUGGGGACGUGGACGCUCUUUGGGUUGAAAAUAUGAACUCAGUCAUGGAUGACAACAAGCUCCUCACGUUAGCUAAUGGAGAACGGAUUCGUUUGCAGAGUCAUUGUGCACUGCUGUUUGAGGUCGGCCAUUUGCAGCAUGCUUCCCCUGCUACCGUGUCUCGCUGUGGGAUGGUUUUUGUUGACCCAAAGAACUUGCGAUAUACCCCGUACUGGCAAAGAUGGCUGCAGCAGGUCAGAAGGAAGGUUGAACAAGAGGUUCUUAGUAGACUGUUUGACAAAUAUGUGCACGGCUGUAUUGACAUGAUUGUAGACGGUGUUGUUGAUGGUAAACAAGGACAGAAACUGGAGACUGUGGUUCCUCAGACAGACCUGAAUAUGGUCUCUCAGUUGUGCUUGACGCUGGAUUCACUGCUGGACAGUGACAACAGCAGGGCUGAUGUCCUGGAGAGUUACUUCCUGGAAGCUCUGUAUUGCUCACUGGGAGCCACCUUGGUGGAAAGUGAUCGGAUCAAGUUUGAUGAGUUCAUCAAAAGACUUUCUUGCUUAUCCACCGUGCACGAAGAAGAAGCCCUGGCUGGGCCUGGUGAGAUCCCAGGAUACCUCCCAACUCUGUAUGAUUUCCAUUUUGAUGGAGCUCAGAAGAAGUGGGUUCCCUGGAGCUCCCUGGUUACUAAAUACACUCACAACCCUGAAAUGAAGUUUGCUGAUAUCCUAGUACCAACUGUUGACACCACAAGAGCCAACUGGAUCUUGGAGCAGAUGGUGAAGAUAAAGAGACCAGUGUUACUUAUUGGAGAAUCUGGCACUUCCAAGACGGCCACCAUUCUUAACUUUUUGAAGCAUGUUAAUCCUGAUACAUGGAUUAAUCUGAUCAUCAACUUUUCAUCAAGAACAACUUCAAUGGACCUGCAGAGAAACUUAGAGGCUAAUGUGGAAAAAAGGACCAAAGAUAUAUAUGGUCCUACAAUGGGGAAGAAACUACUGGUAUUUCUGGAUGACAUGAACAUACCAAAGGUGGAUAAUUAUGGGACCCAGCAGCCUAUUGCACUUCUAAAGCUGCUGUUGGACCGAGGCGGCAUUUAUGACAGAGGAAAAGAACUUAACUACAAAAUCCUUAAAGACCUUGGCUUUAUUGCUGCCAUGGGAAAGCCAGGAGGUGGUAGGAAUGAGGUGGAUCCACGCUUCAUCUCGCUCUUCAGCGUCUUCAGCAGCCCCUUUCCAACAGUGGAGUCUCUCCACCUCAUCUAUGCCUCUAUUAUCAAAGGUCACACCAAGCUGUUUGAGGAUGCCAUUCGGAAGGUGUGUGAUAAAAUCACAGAUUGCACCCUGGAGCUCUACAACCUCAUCAUCAAAGAUCUUCCACCGACUCCCUCCAAAUUCCACUACAUCUUCAACCUGAGGGACCUGUCAAGAGUCUACAACGGACUGAUCCUCACCAACCCAGACAAAUUUCUGACCGUCACCCAGUUUGUGCGUGUCUGGAGAAAUGAGUGCUUGAGGAUCUUUCAUGACAGACUCAUUGAUGAAACCGACAAAACAUUGGUCGAAGGUCACAUAAAGAACCUGGUUGAAGAACAUUUUAAUCCAGAAAUGGAGGCAGUGAUGAGUGACCCGAUACUUUUUGGCGACUUCAGGACAGCUCUCAGUGAAUCUGAACCAAGAGUUUAUGAGGACAUCCAAGACUAUGAGUCCUCUAAAGCAAUGUUUGAGUUAAUACUUGAGGAAUACAAUGAGAACAAGUCCAGGAUGAACCUUGUGCUGUUCGAUGAUGCUCUGGAACAUCUGACCCGGGUUCACCGUAUCAUCCGCAUUGAUCGGGGCCACGCACUGCUGGUUGGCGUGGGGGGCUCUGGCAAACAGUCGCUCACCAGGCUUGCUGCUUUCACUGCUGGCUGUGAGGUGUUUGAGAUAACACUCAGCAGAGGAUACAAUGAGUCCAACUUCCGAGAAGAUUUGAAAACCCUGUACUUGAAGCUUGGCAUUGAAAACAAGAAGGUAGUUUUCCUCUUUACGGAUGCCCACGUCGCUGAGGAAGUCUUCUUGGAACUGAUUAACAACAUGCUGACUUCAGGCAUAGUUCCUGCGUUGUUCCCUGACGAUGAGAAGGAGUCUGUUCUCAACCAGCUUCGUGAUGAGGCUCUGAAAAUGGGAGCCGGUCCCUCCAAAGCCAGUCUGUGGCAGUACUUUGUCAAUAAGAGUGCUAACAACCUCCACAUUGUUUUAGGCAUGUCUCCAGUGGGAGACACCCUGAGGACACGCUGCAGGAACUUUCCAGGACUGAUGAACAACACCGUGAUAGACUGGUUCCUACCAUGGCCUCCACAAGCAUUACAAGCGGUGGCUCACUCUUUCCUUGGAGAAAAUCCAAUGAUCCCUGAUGCUCACUCUGAAGCAGUUAUAGGUCACGUGUGCAUGGUCCAUACCUGUGUGAAGGACUACAGCAAGCUGUUCCUGCAAAAACUUAGACGAUGCAACCAUGUUACCCCAAAGAACUACCUGGACUUUAUUAAGACCUACUGUAAUCUCUUGGAGAAAAAAGACAAAUUCAUUCUAGGUCAGUGCAAGCGUUUAGAGGGUGGGUUGGAUAAACUGAAGGAAGCCAGUGAUCUACUGGCUGAACUAAAUGUGAAGCUUGCAGAUCAGAAGGUGGUCCUUGCUGAAAAGUCAAAAACCUGUGAAACCCUCCUGGAAAACAUUGCUACAAAUACAAGUGUAGCUGAGGAGAAAAAGGCCCUGGCUCAGGAAAAAGCUAAAGAGAUUGAGGAGAAAAACAAAGUCUUAGCUGCAGAAAAGAAAGAAGCUGAAAGUUCCUUGGCUGAAGCUCUGCCAGCAUUGGAGGCUGCCCGUCAUGCCCUGCAAGACCUGGAAAGAUCAGAUGUCACUGAGAUCCGAUCUUUCGCUAAGCCACCUAAGCAAGUGCAGGUGGUUUGUGAGUGCAUUCUGGUGCUGCGAGGCUACAAAGACAUCAGCUGGCAGUCGGCGAAGGGGAUGAUGUCAGAAACCAACUUCCUUCGCUCCUUAAUGGAGAUGGACUGUGAUUCCAUAAGUAACAGCCAGGUCAGGACCGUCAAAGAGUUCCUGAAGAACCUACAGACAAGCUUUGAGAAGAUGCAAGCCAUCAGCAAAGCUGGCUCAGGGAUGCUGAAGUUUGUGGAAGCCAUCAUAGGCUACUGCGAUGUCGCCAAGGAGAUUGAACCCAAGAGAGAGAAAGUGGCAUGCCUAGAGAAGGAUUUCUUUCAGAGCAAGAAGGAACUGGCGCACAUUCAAAAUGAGCUCAGAGAUAUCCAGGCAGAGUUGCAAGGUCUUAAAGAGACGUACGAAGCUGCUAUUCUGGAAAAGCAGAUGCUGCAGGAAGAGGCUGAAGUCAUGGAGAGGAAGCUUGUAGCUGCUGACAAACUCAUCUCUGGCCUGAGCUCCGAAAAUCAACGAUGGAGCACAGAUUUGGACGAGUUGAAGCAGAGGCGUGUGCUCCUCCUUGGUGACUGCCUGGUCUCUGCUGCUUUCCUGAGCUACCAAGGGGCCUUCAGCUGGGAGUUCAGGGAUCAGAUGGUGUAUCAAAUAUGGGUUCAGGAUGUGCAGGAGCGAGGCAUCCCCUUGAGUCAGCCUUUCAAAGUGGAAAACCUUCUUACUGAUGAUGCAGAGAUCAGCAGGUGGGGCUCUGAGGGUUUGCCCCCUGAUGAGCUGUCGGUGCAGAAUGGGAUCCUGACCACCAGAGGGAGUCGAUUUGCCUUGUGUAUUGAUCCUCAGCAGCAAGCAUUCAACUGGCUUAAAAACAAAGAAGAAAACAAUAAUCUCAAGAUAUCGUCCUUCAAUGAUCCAGACUUCUUGAAACAGCUUGAGAUGGCCAUUAGGUACGGUUAUCCAUUCCUCUUUCAAGAUGUAGACGAGUACAUCGACCCGGUAAUUGACAACUUACUGGAGAAAAAUGUGAAAGGAGCCGAGGGCCGACAGGUCGUCAUGCUGGGAGACAAGGAGGUCCAUUAUGAUCCCAACUUCCAACUUUAUCUCAACACCAAAGUGGCUAAUCCCAAAUAUACUCCAUCAGUGUUUGGAAACACCACGGUCAUUAACUACGCCGUAACACUGAAAGGUCUGGAGGACCAGCUCCUGAGCGUCAUCAUGGGCUUUGAGAAGAGGGACCUGGAGAAGCAGCGUGAGCGUUUGAUCCAAGAGACCAGUGACAACAAGAAGCUGCUGAAAAACCUUGGAGAUUCAUUGCUUAGAGAGCUGGCCACGUCUACAGGAAACAUGCUGGAGAACACGGAGCUUGUUCAGACUCUAGAGGAAACCAAGCUGAAAGCCACUGAGGUAUUUGAGAAGCUCACGUUGGCUCAGAAGACAUCAAUGGACAUUGAUCAGCUCAGAAAUGGCUACAGACCUGCAGCAAAGCGCGGCGCCAUCUUGUUCUUCGUCCUGACAGACAUGGCUCUGGUCAGCAGCAUGUACCAAUACUCACUGGCAUCGUACCUGAAAGUCUUUGACUUGUCGCUACGUAAAUCUUGCUCUGAUUCUGUCCUUCACAAAAGACUCCAGAACAUCAUCAACACUCUGACAUACAAUGUUUAUAACUACGGCUGUACAGGGCUGUUUGAGAGACACAAGUUGCUCUUUUCCUUCAACAUGACAGUGAAGAUCGAACAGGCAGAGGGAAGGGCCCGCCAGGAGGAGCUGGAAUUUCUUAUUAAAGGUAAUCUGUCUCUGGAGAAGAGCGUUAAAAAGAAGCCAUGUGACUGGCUUCCUGACCAGGGCUGGGAGGACCUGCUUCAACUCUCAGAGCUCUUUCCUGAACACUUUGGCUCUCUGCCUGAUGACAUUGGGAAAAAUCCCACUGACUGGGAAUCUUGGUUUGAUUUGGACGCUCCAGAACAGGCUCCAUUUCCCAUGAAAUAUAAAGAGAACCUCUCAGCCUUUCAGAACCUGCUGUUACUGCGCUGCUUCCGCUUGGACCGAGUCUUCAGAGGUGUGACCGACUACGUCACUGUGACCAUGGGCGAGAAAUAUGUGCAGCCCCCUGUGAUCAGCUUUGCUUCAGUCUACGAACAGAGCUCACCUUUCUCUCCCAUCCUUUUCAUCUUGAGCCCUGGCUGUGACCCUGCCGGUGACCUUAUGAAACUGGCAGAGGCGUCAGGCUUUGGAGGCAGCAAGUCCAGGUUCCUUGCAAUGGGCCAAGGGCAGGAGAAGGUGGCAUUGGAUCUGCUGGAGAAGGCAGCCUCUCGUGGUCUGUGGUUGAUGCUGCAGAACUGCCACUUAUUGGUGAAGUGGUUGAAAGAACUGGAGAAGGCUUUAGAUCGGAUCACUAAGCCCGACCCCAACUUCCGCUUGUGGAUCACAACCAACCCCAUCAAGGAUUUCCCUGUUGGGAUUCUACAAAUGUCUCUGAAGGUGGUGACGGAGCCUCCCAGCGGUCUCAAGCUGAACAUGAGAGCCACGUACUCCAGAGUCUCACAUGAAAGCCUGACUGCAUGCCCGCACCCGUUGUUCAAAGGCUUGGUGUAUGUGCUGGCCUUCUUCCAUGCUGUGGUGCAGGAGAGGCGAAAGUACGGAAAGAUUGGCUGGAAUGUGCCCUAUGACUUCAGCGAGUCGGACUUCUCUGUGUGUAUGGAGAUCCUGAACACUUACCUGACUAAAGCGUACAACCAAGGAGACAGCGAUAUCCCCUGGGGAUGUCUGAAAUAUCUUAUUGGAGAGGUGAUGUAUGGUGGGCGAGUUAUAGACAGCUUUGACCGCAGGAUCCUGACUGUCUACAUGGACGAGUACCUUGGAGAUUUCCUCUUCUCUACCUUCCGGCAGUUUCACUUCUUCAAAAACAAAGAUGUAGAUUACAGAAUCCCUCCAAGCGGGCCAAAGACCGUAUAUAUUGAGGAGAUCGAGAACCUGCCGCUAGCAAACACACCAGAGGUGAUGGGUCUUCAUUCCAAUGUAGAGAUAGGAUAUUACACUCUGGCUGUGAAAGAGAUGUGGACUCACCUGAUAGACCUUCAACCUCAGACAGGUGAAUCUAGUGGAGGUAUUACGAGGGAGGAGCAGAUAAGCCAGGUGGCUCAGGACAUCCAGAACAAAGUUCCCGAGCUCUUUGACAUGGACGUUGUUCGUAAAACGUUUGGCACAGAUGUUUCUCCAACCUCUGUGGUUCUACUUCAGGAACUAGAGCGCUUCAACAAGCUGGUGGAUCGCAUGCAGCAGUCCUUGGCUGAGUUGAUAAGGGCCUUAGCUGGUGAGGUGGGGAUGAGCAGUGAGUUGGAUGAAGUGGCUCGGGCUCUUUUUAACGGCCACAUUCCUGCCGUAUGGAAGAAGCUGGCACCUGAGACUCUGAAGUCCCUCGGAAGCUGGAUGAGUCACUUCAAGAGGCGUUAUGAACAGUAUGAAUCCUGGGUGAAUGAAGGAGAGCCGAAGGUUAUGUGGCUAUCAGGACUUCACAUCCCGGAGUCUUACCUGACUGCUCUGGUUCAAGCUGCCUGCAGGAACAACGGCUGGCCUCUGGAUCUUUCCACACUGUAUACAGAAGUGACCCGGUACCGCAGUGAGGAUGAAAUCACUGAGCGGCCUAGACAAGGCUGCUUUGUGUCUGGCCUGUUCCUGGAGGGAGCAGACUGGGACAUGGAGAACAGCUGCCUAAUGAAGAGUAAACCUAAAGCCUUGGUUGUUGAGCUGCCCGUUCUCAGAGUCAUCCCCGUUGAGACUCGCCGCCUUAGAUUACAGAACACAUUGAGGACACCAGUGUACACAACUUCCAUGCGCAGGAAUGCAAUGGGAGUCGGGUUGGUCUUUGAGGCAGACCUGUUUACAACGCUGCACAUCUCCCAUUGGGUUCUGCAGGGAGUGUGUUUGUGUCUCAACACUGACUGAAGAUUUUCUUGACAAAUUCUUACUGAAGACGUGUUUCUGUUCUUCAAAUGUGUAGUUUAUAAUGUAGCCACUAGAUGGCAGCACAGAACACUGUUCUCUGCCUCUUCUGAAGUCUUUGACUCUGAUGUUACCUGAGCAAAGGUGUCACCAGACCACAUCUUUACAUCUUUGUCUUAUGAAUCCACAUUAGUUUUCAAAUAAACAUGUUAGUGAACAGUU